AUGCUUGAAGAGAAGGCUUUUACAAUAUAUCAGCAAGUACACGGGAAAGCGGAUAGCUGCUUGGAUGCCCAAGAAAGCGAUGUAACUCAAGAAUCAGAGAAUUUCAAAAAAGUGGAAUUCAUCAGAAUUAAGGAGCUGGAACUAAUUUAUGCUAAUUUUGAUUGUGUAUGGUUCAAAUGUGCUCUGUUAUCUACUACUUUUCUUUGCGGAAUGGGGUUGAAUCUUGAUUGGGCUACAAGAUCCGUUUAUACAGGUUAUGCCACUGGUUCAUUCUCACAACAUUCGUUAUUAUCGGCAGUUCAAGUUGUGAAUCAAGUAGUUGCUUCCAUUUCCCAAAUCAUCUUUGCCCGUUUAUCGGACCACUAUGGCAGAUUGAACGUGUUAUUGUUAUGCAUUUGUUUUCAUUUUAUGGGUACUAUAAUUGAAAGUCAGGCAUAUGGCACAGGAACAUAUGCUGCAGGGUCUAUCUUUUGGUACGCAGGGUUCAGUGGAAUCACAAUCCAAUUCAUAUUGUUGAUGUCGGAUUUUUCUUCUUUGAAAUGGCGAUUAAUUUUUCAGUAUACUCCUUCCCUUCCUUAUGUUAUUAUUCCUUGGAUUGUAGGAAGUAUUGUGAAAGCCGCAAAUCCAAUGACGAGGUGGUCCUGGGAUAUUGCAAUGUGGUCUUUUAUUUUUCCCUUGUCUUCUCUUCCUUUAGUAUGCCUUUUGUUUUAUGUUCGUUGGAAAACAUCAAAUACACAGGAAUGGAAAGCAUUAACACGCGGGUCUGGAGUAAAAAAAGGUUUACUUCAGAGAAUAAAUCAUACUUUUUGGUAUAUUGAUACAAUUGGAUUGAUUUUAAUCACAGCAUCUUUGGCUUGCAUUCUUGUCCCGUUAACAUUGGCAGGCGGAACAUCUCAAAAGUGGCGUGAUGGAUGGAUUAUUGCUGUAUUGGUUGUUGGUGGUACGUUGUUGCCUACUUUUUUUGUUUGGGAGGCACGGUGGGCUAUAAACCCAAUACUUUCGGUUAAGCAAGCAAAAGAUAGAGGAAUCUGGGCACCAUUUUGCUCUUCAAUUUUCAGUUCGAUGAUUUACCUCCUUGCUAUUGAUUUCUUGUAUCCAGUUCUUUUUGUUGCCAUGAAUCAAAGCUCUACUUAUUCCAGCAUGAUACUUUUGAUGCCGAAUUUCACAGGAGUUCUUCUUUCACCGCUGGUGGCUUAUGGUUUAGCAAAAAUAAGAAGAACGAAACCAUUCGCGAUUGUUGGCACUAUGGUGUAUACAGUUAGUGCCGGUCUUUUUUAUAAGUAUAGAGGUGGAGCAGGCGCAAGUGGAGGAGUAAUUGCUGCAUGCCUUGUGCUAGGAGCGGGAAGUAAUCUAUUAAACUUCACGCUGAUAGUUUCAAUUCAUGCACUAUCGAGCCAUGACCAGAUGGCCACUCUCACAGCAAUUUAUUUGUCGCUCGCCAGUGUAGGAAGCGCAAUUGGUGCUGCUAUAAGUGGCUCUCUUUGGACGCAAAAAAUGUAUCAGAGAAUUUUAGAAGGCAUGAAAGAUCCCCAGCUUGCCUUAGCCGCCUUCUCUGACCCUUACGCAUUUAUUGAGUCAUAUUCAUGGGGAAGUGCUGAAAGAACCGCACUGGUGGAAGCAUACAAAUAUAUUCAAAGGAUGAUAAUGACUGUUGCUCUAGCUUUAACAGUGCCCUUCUUCUUUAGCGUCUUCUUCUGUAAAGACAGAUAUUUAACUUCGAAUCUUAGUGGAGAUGAAAUGUUAUCCGAUGAUGAGAUAGCAAAGAAAAGUGAUGAUCCAAUUUUAGAUUGA